AUGGCCGUGAUUGGAGAAAGCUGUUCCUCUCUGACCCCUUAUGGUGUUGGUGCAACGCUGGCUCAACUGGGCCGGGGCGGACUGCCGAAUGACAAGAAGCCCCGGAGGCCCGUACGCAUCUAUGGGCUUGGGUGCACCAGCGCUUUCGAAAGGCAAUUCUCGAGCAUCGAGUCCGGGAACACGGCCCUUAAGUGGCUCUCGAUCUGCUCCAUCGGUGAGAUCGUGCUCCGUGCAGUCCUUACAUGCCUGAUGGGAUUCGUCACGGCCCCUGUCAUCCUUGUCGCGCACGCAGUUGCACUGGUCUCCGCAGCCAUUGCACUGGGAAUGGGAGCACCUGCGAAGUGCCUGGCACUCGUGAUGAAUGAUGCCAAAGCAUUUCAAGUGGUUGAGGAUAUCCAGAACGUAGCCACGGUUGGCCGUGUGGCCAAGAUCAUGGGUGCAUCCGCCCUACACGCGAUUCCUGCAAGUACGCCACUCGGUGUGAUGCAGAAUCCGUAUUAUCGACGGACAGGCUUAGUUCAUGGAGAAUGUUAG